AUGGCCGACCGCGAACAACCAUAUGAUCCUUAUAUCCCCUCUGGAUCUAACCAGCCUGUUGCCGGUAGUGGAAAUGGCGGAAAUCAGAGAACAGCAGCGCUUCAAGCUCAAAUCGAUGAUACCGUCGGUGUAAUGCGUGAGAACAUCAAUAAAGUCUCCCAGCGUGGCGAAAAUCUCGAUUCUUUGCAAGACAAAACCGAUAACUUGGCCGUUUCCGCCCAAGGCUUCCGUCGCGGAGCGAACAGAGUGAGAAAGCAGAUGUGGUGGAAGGACUUCAAGAUGCGCAUAUGCAUAAUCGUCGGGAUCAUUUUACUGCUGGUCGUUAUUAUUGUGCCUUCUGUUGUAUUGAAAAAAUGA